AUGAUAAACUCUACACAGGUUUCAUAUUUCAAACUUGCUGCCUACUUUGACACCGGGGUUUUCAAAUAUUUACUUUUCCUGAUUAUUAUGUGUUUUUAUGCUGUAAUUAUUUGUGCCAAUGUUUUGCUGAUUGUGGUUAUCUGUAUGAACAGAAGCUUACAUGAACCUAUGUACCUUUUUCUGUGCAGCCUGUUUGUAAAUGAACUGUAUGGUAGUACAGGGUUGUUUCCAUUCCUUCUGGUUCAGAUCCUCUCUGACAUUCACACUGUUUCUGCUCCAUUCUGUUUCCUGCAGAUUUUCUGUUUGUACUCUUAUGGAGGUGUAGAACUUUGGACCUUAGCCGUCAUGUCUUAUGACAGAUAUCUUGCUAUCUGUUAUCCUCUACAAUAUCACACUCGUAUGACAUCUAAAAAGAUUGCCAUGCUUAUUGCUCUAACAUGGUUGUACUCUUUUCUUGUCCAUAUUUUGAUAGUGUCUGGUCUGACUGCUCCUUUACAGCUGUGUGGAAACAUUAUUAACAAAGUUUACUGUGACAACUAUUAUGUUGUCAAACUGGCCUGCUCUGACACAACAGCCAAUAACAUUUUUGGACUUGUUCACAUGUUUACAGUAAUCUUUGGUCUAAUAAUCUUAAUUCUUUUCUCUUACAUGAGCAUUCUUAAAGUGUGUUUAUCUGGUUCCAAACAGACCAGACAGAAAGCUCUCAGUACCUGCACACCUCACCUUUUUUCCCUGCUGAAUUUUUCUUGUGGAGCUUUCUUUGAAAUAGUACAGAGCAGGUUUAAUAUGAACUAUUUACCCAAUAUUUUGCGCAUUUUUCUGUCAUUGUACUGGCUAACAUGCCAACCACUCAUCAACCCUUUACUGUAUGGACUGCAAAUGUCCAAAAUACGCAUUGUAUGUAGACGUCUGCUCUUUGGGGGGAAAAGCUACUCGGCCUGGGGCUCCAGCUGCGUGGUGUCGGUUUGGGCUCCAGGGAAGCAGGCAGUACGCUCCAGAUCCUGCAGCCACAGAACGGACUCUGCUGCCCUUUGGCAACUGUGUUCCCGGGGGGAAGAGCGGGCCGCCCAAGCGUUUUGUUCGCUGCUACGCCGGGUCCCUGCUGAUCCAGAUGGGACCGUCAAAGACACAGUGGUGAUCGGGAGGAUCUUCCACGUAGUCCAGGACGACCUGCGGACGGAGAGGAGCUAUUGCUGCUCUCCGCCGGUGGCAGGCGGACGAAGGGGAGCUAUUGCUGCUACUGCUGCCCCGCACCGCAAUAGCUCCUCUCCGUCCGUGGAAGAUCCUCCCGAUCACCACUGUGUCUUUGAUCUGGAGCUCACUGCCUGCUUCCUGGCAGCCAAAACCGACAACAAGAAGCUAGAGCCCCAGGCCGUACUGCUGGGCCGGCUGGAAGGAAGGGAAGCCCGGCAGAACCAGUACCAGGAUUGA